UUUAGAUUAAAUUUAAUUUUCAGGGAGGUUCAAUUUUGUUACCAAUACACAGAGUGCUAAAAGCGUGUCAACCAUUCCCUCACAGCUUUGUUCUGUGCAGUCGGCCUGUGGGUCUAGUGUUCAACACCACCGCAGAGACCAGUCAUACCACCUACUCCGGCGGCGAAUCGAGAAAUUAUAAGGAAUGAGCGGCGGCGGCGGCGGAGCAGCGCAGCAGGCGGCACACUCGCUGGCGUUCAGGGUGAUGCGGUUGUGCCGGCCGACUCUCCACGUGGACAUUUCCCCUCUCAAAUUCGACCCCUGCGAUCUUCUCUUCGGCGAGGACCUCUUCGACGAUCCGAUUGCCGCGUCUCACCUCCCUCGCCUUCUCAGUAGCCAAUCGAAUACCUCCACGUCAGAUCCCUCCGAUCUCAGCUACCGUAGCAGAUUCCUGCUCCAGCACCCCACCGAAUCUCUCGGCCUCCCCGGCCUCCUCGUGCUCCCCCAAUCGUUUGGGGCUAUAUAUCUCGGGGAGACAUUUUGCAGUUAUGUGAGUAUAAACAACAGCUCCAGCUUUGAAGUUCGAGAUGUUGUAAUUAAGGCUGAAAUGCAAACAGAAAGACAGAGAAUACUGCUUUUGGAUACAUCAAAAUCACCUGUUGAAUCCAUUCGUGCUGGUGGGCGUUAUGAUUUUAUUGUGGAACAUGACGUGAAAGAACUCGGUGCACACACCUUGGUUUGUACUGCACUUUACACAGAUGGCGAUAGCGAGAGGAAGUAUCUCCCACAGUUUUUCAAGUUUAUAGUUUCUAACCCCCUGUCAGUUCGGACUAAGGUUCGCAGUGUUAAGGACACUACUUUUUUGGAGGCUUGUAUAGAAAAUCAUACAAAAUCUAACCUUUACAUGGACCAAGUGGAGUUUGAGCCGGCUCAGAAUUGGACUGCAACAUUGCUUAAAGCUGAUGAUCAUUCUUCAGAUCACAAUUUAUUGACGAGUGAAACUUCCAAGGAACCCAUUCUAAUCAGAUCCGGUGGCGGAAUUUAUAAUUAUCUUUAUCAAUUAAAAUUAUCAUCACCUGACAGUGCACAAUUAAAAGCUGACGGAAGUAAGAUUCUUGGAAAACUUCAGAUAACAUGGCGUACGAAUUUGGGUGAACCUGGUCGCUUGCAGACACAAAAUAUACUUGGUAAUCCCAUUACACGCAAGGAGAUUGAGUUGCAUGCUGUGGAGAUACCGCCUAUCAUUAUCCUGGAGAAUUCUUUCUUGGUGAGUUUGAAUCUCGUGAACUUGACCGACCGAGUGUUGGGUCCCUUUGAAGUAAGUUUAUCAGAACAUGAUUCCCUUGAUGAGAGAGCUGUAAUGGUUAAUGGUCUUCAGACAAUGACCCUUGGAGAGGUGCAAUCAUUUAGCUCGUUGAGUUUUCAGCUGAACUUGAUUGCCAUCAAGCACGGGAUUCAGAAAAUCAGUGGCAUUACAGUUUACGAUACAAUAGAGAAGAAAACUUACGACUCCCUUUUAGAACUGGAGAUAUAUGUUGACUUGGAGUGAAUGAUUUACCGUUAAUGUUACGUUGAAGACGCUUAUCGCCAUACUGUAAAUUGAGCUUGAUUUAUUCUGUGGGUGCAAGCAUAUUCCUUUACAUCAUCUUCUGCGAAUUCAGACGGGGCACUAUGCAGCCAGGUUUAUUCCUCCGUUCUUUGGCCUUAUUUUAAAUUUUAGCACAGAUAAAUAUUUUCGUAUCAUGGAUUCAUUUUUUUCUUUUGCUUGUAUGCAAAAUGCUCCUCCGGGCUCACUGGUUUUUUUUUUCCUAAAUUAGUCAUUAAAUCUUCAUCCAGAUCUUCAAAUUGUAAUUUUGCAGAAUCGUUCCGUUGCUUGAAUAUUAAAGUCGAUAUUUAUUUCCAA